CCAAUCGUCAACAAAGUUUUCAUAGGAAGCAAACCCCGUGUUGUUGAGGUUCGUUCUGUAUCAGUUCUUUCAGUUUCCGGCCGGUUUUGUGUUUUUGUUGUACACUAAAUCGGAACAAUGAGAUUGGAGAAGUGCUGGUUUUGCUCAUCUACUAUAUACCCUGGCCAUGGUAUUCAGUUCGUUCGGAAUGAUGCAAAGAUUUUUAGGUUCUGUAGAUCUAAAUGUCACAAGAACUUUAAGAUGAAGAGAAAUCCACGCAAGGUCAAGUGGACUAAGGCCUAUAGGCGGUUGCAUGGAAAGGACAUGACACAGGACUCAACCUUUGAAUUUGAGAGGAAGCGAAAUAGGCCUGAAAGAUACGACAAGAAUGUAACAGAGAACACUUUGAAGGCCAUCAAGAAAAUUGUUAAAGUCAGGAGUGAUAGGGAGGCUACUCAUCACAAGAACAGGUUGAGAUCUAAGAAAUAUAUGGUCCAGAAAGUAGAUGCAAAGGAACUUGCACAGAGUAUCCACAUGGUCAAAGUUCCUUUGGCUCUCCAAAAAGAUCCUUCACUCACCUUGCCAAUCAAGGUCAAGGUCUCACAACAGUCCAAAGAAAACCGCAUGGAGGAGUAAUGUAUCUCUCUGCCUGUACUUGUUCAUUACUCAUUGCAGACAUUGGGCAUUCAUUACUCUAUCCGAUCCUACUCCUUCCCCUACUGUAUGUCUGUAUUGCUGGUGCCCUUUUUUGCUUUAGGUGCUAAUAGUUUGAUAUCAUUAUAUUAUGUACUGCAAGGAAAAAUGGUGUUUGGUCAACUUCAUCAAAGUACAACCUUGUUUGGUUUUGGUAUGAUGAACGGUUACAAAUCAUGAAUUUUUAUUCAUAUUUUUGAAAUCAUUUGUUGGUUAAGCGAACUGUAUCAUCUGCAACUCUUAUUUUGCAAGAUUCAUGGAAAAGUCAUGUAGAUUUCAACCAUGGCAUGUAGACAUAAACGAUAGAUGAUUUCCAUUCCACCGCAAUUUGUAUUCUUUUUAAAAUGUAAAAGUUUAUGAGAAAAUUCUAUAAAUAGAAUUAAAACAUAAA